AACGGUCAGUCACUUUCCCACGCUAAGGACCUGCUCGUAAUUCCGCCUACUUCUUCCUUUUGUUUUUUCAAUUUUCUUUUUACAGAUUUCUUUUCAUUAUGCUUUUAAUCCAUAUUUGCAUUUCUUCCUCUUUCACCUUUUGAUCCUCCGUCAAGCUUCCAUAUCAGCUUAACUGCAAUGCUGUGGUUUUGAUGUUCCUAAUUGAUUCCUUGUUUCUUGCUUUGGCCGGUUGAAGAUGGGAUGCUUAACUUUGAUUUGGGAGGGUAGGAGCAUCUAUUAUCUUGAUCAACCAGUGAUUUCCUUGAGUUUUCCUAACUGGAAGGUCAUGAGAUUCUAGAGCAAUUGUUAGGCAGAUGGCAGCAAAGGAAAAUUCUUCUGUACAAGUGCAGAAGAACUUAGAGGGGUUUGUAGCCAUUCUAACAUCUGCAGCAUGUGAAUGGUUUUUUAUAUUUCUUCUGCUUGUCAAUGGACUAUUAUCCUAUCUGCUGACUAAGUUUGCAAACUAUUGCAAUUUGCAAAAGCCUUGCAUCUUUUGCUCGAGGUUUGAACAUGUUAUAGGCAACGAAAAACCUCAACUUUAUCAGGAUCUACUUUGCAGCAACCACAUAUCAGAGCUCUCGUCUUGGAUAGCUCGUCAAGUUUAUGGUAAGCACGAUGGAAAUGAAACUUGUGAAGAUUCCAACCCAGAAACGCACAUUCUUUUGGAUGGUAAGUCAGGAUUGGAUCUUCAAAGUUCCGGUUCUAAGAGGUCCAACCAGAAGAGAAAUUUUGUUCAUAGUUCUGUGGGUGCAAGUCCAUGCUCUUAUUGCAGUAGGCAUCGGAGACCUAGAGAAAAUGCUCAAGGACUGCGACGGAAAUCACCUAGUCCCAAACCUAAUAUUCCUUUGCCACGUUUUUCAACCCGUAGCCGUUUACCUCGUCGGGAUGGUUCAAAGAAGAUGAGGGAUAAAUUUCCUGCCUCAGUAACUGUUCGUGGUCCUGGAAGAGUUGGCUGGGAUCCCAUGUCACAUGUAGGAGGAUACACUGAGUUGAGGGUUUGUUCUAAUACUGACUCUGCCCGUUUUCCGGGAAAAAUUGGCUGGGAUCCCUUGUCACAUGUAGGAUACACUGAGUUGAAGAUUAGUUCUGAUACUGACUCUGAGUUUCCAUUUUCUGAUGACGACGAUGGGAGCAGUUUCAUCAGUGGAAUUCAUGAGCCUAAGAGGGAACGAUUUGUAGUUCAAUGUGCUUCAGAAAAUCCAUUCAAAGUACCAGUGGAAGGUUUGAAUCCAGCAAAGCAGAGCAAUGUUUCCUACAAACACAAACCUUCACCUUCUGAUCCAUGUGUGCAGCCAGAUGGUAGCAAGGCCUCUGAGGUAAAGGUCUUGGGUGCCAAUGUUGCUGUUGAGAAUGGCUUCGAUGAGCCUAACUGGCAGCAAGCGAGUUGGACGUCCAAUCCUUCUGCAUUAGCUGAGCUUAUUUCACCAGAUGAUGCCCCUCCAUCAUCUAAUGUUGUUGAAAAAACAGAUGGUACUGGGACAAGCGACAUUGGACAUGCAUCCACCAAUAAGAACGAUGAACUUUUGAAGUCUAUAAGGGCAACAGAUGGAGCAUCUGCUAAAACUGAUCCUAUCAUAGAUGAUCCAGCUCUUGUAAAGCCAAAUCAUAUUAGUGUAAAUGCUGUGUCUGAGUCAGCAGCCACCGGUAAAGAAGCAGAUUUGUCUGGUAUUGUUAAAGAACCUACAUUGAAGGAACCUGAUAGAGUUAAUGGGGAACUGAAACCGUUGGCUUCACAAAUUUCUUCUGCUCAGGAGAGUAAUUUAUCAUCAAAUAAUACAAUGUCUGGGGUAAAUGGUUGCGCUGAUGAAAAGCAGGUAACUGAUGCUUCCAAAUCUAAUCCAAAGCCAAUGCUUCAUACAUCAGCAUCAGUAGAAUCUGCUCUUGAAUCUCUGGAUGAAGGCUAUGUCAGUGAAAUUGAAGGUGAAAGUCUAGAUGAUCGGUUAAAACGACAGGUUGAAUAUUACAGAAAAUGCAUAAAGGAGUUGUAUAAGGAAUUAGAGGAAGAAAGGAGUGCUUCCACAAUUGCUGCAAAUCAGGCAAUGGCCAUGAUCACGAAGCUGCAAGAAGAGAAAGCUGCAAUUCAUAUGGAGGCCCUUCAGUACUUAAGAAUGAUGGAAGAGCAGGCUGAGUUUGAUGUAGACGCACUGGAAAAAGCCAAUGAUCUCCUGGCUGAAAAGGAGAAAGAGAUACAGGACUUGGAAGCAGAGCUAGAAUUUUCAAAGUUUGAUGUCCCAGAUGAAACAAUGGAGAAUAUGCCGCUCAAAAGCUCUGAUUUGAAGGGUGAAAUUGACACCACUGAGAGUACUGAUGUGCCCAUCAUAAAGAAUGAUGUCGAAGUUACUUGCAACUCAAGUACUGUUGUGCCCGGCAUAGAAAAGGAUGUUGAAGUUGCUUGUAACUCAAUGGAUACUGAGGUACCUGAAGCUAGUAAUGAUUGUCUUUUUUCUGAAACUACGCUUUUAGAGUUUGAGGAUGAAAAAUUAUACAUUUCAAAUUGUUUGAAGAGCUUGGAGAGGAAGCUUUCUGAAAUUUCCUGUAAUGGGGUUCCCUCCAACAUGCCUAAUGGUGGGCAGCCUAGAAAGUAUAUGGAUGAUGAACCAAUUCAAGAAGAGACUCCUAUAAAAGAGAGGGUUCUAUUAAAUGGUCAGGUUGAAGAGAAUGUUGUGCAUGGACAAAAAGAUUUACAUGUAUCUAACGGAAGCUCUGCUGCUCAAGAGGGGCCAGCUCAUUCUGAAAGUUUAGACCAUGAAGAAAAAAAUGAUUCCGAUUUCCAUGGGCAAAAUGAUUUCAUGGAUCAUAGAGAAACCGAGUUGGUUGUUCUGGAAAAUGAAAUCUCAGACCUUAAUGAUAGGUUGGAGGCACUAGAGACUGAUCAUGAUUUUCUUGAGCACAUGCUUUACUCUCUUCAAAAUGGAAAUGAAGGCCUACGGUUUGUUCAAGACAUAGCUCAUCAGCUGCGAGAAUUGCGAAAAAUUGGGACCGCUUUCAGAUGUCAGUCUGUUUCCUAACCUCAGAUGCACCAUCACAUGAUUUAUUUGAAAUACAAAGGCAGAAAUCAAAACCAAUGCUUCGAGUUUCAAUCAGUGAUCAUCUGAGUGCAAAAAUGAAGAAAUCAAUUGCAUUCCUUCGGUCACCUACAAUCAUGAAAAACCAAAAUGAAUUUCAUGUACAGGUACCAGCCAAAACUCUUGGAAGAAAAAAAAAAAAAG